AUGGUUCGCUUGCUUAUAAAUCUCUCACCUGUAAUACCCUUCCGGUACCUGGCUGCCAUACCACUCAAAGGAAGCACGAUGGCUGGGAUAGUGCCAGGUUGCCCAAGGCUAGACAGGGGAAGUCGAGAGGCAUGGGUCGGGUUCAAACCACGGACCUUCCGGAUUCCUGAGUCUGAGCAAAAACGGACAGCGGCAUCUGCGUAUGAACAUCCUACAUAUCAGAAGGCUAUUGUAGGGAUCAUAUCUUCAAAACUUCGGCCACGGCUUCGUCGCAGGCUUUCAAAUCAAUCACGGUUGUACGGCAGUGAAGCAUCGGUGUUGAACACUGAUGUCAUGCUGUCGAAGAUGAUGACGCAACAAAUAAACCAUGCGCUAGGCGCUCUUCCGUGA